UAAAUAUUUUGUUCAUGGAUGGAAAAAAAGCGUAUCUUGCUUACCUUGUUUUCUCAUAAAAUUUCAACAAAAAAAUGAAAGAAAAGACUAUUGAUGCACUACGUGAAGAAGUACAUUUGGAAAAUUUGGAUAAAUGCUUUGGACCCUAUGAUUCAGAAAUUAUGGCCACAAUUAUUGAAGUAUUUCCUGAUGUCAAAUAUUCCUGUACGUGGUGGCAUUAUAGACAGAAAAUGAAACCGAUUCGUCUCAAUGGAGGAGAAGUAAGAGAAAUAACAAUUAAAGGAAUCGAAACAGAAAAAAUAAAAUUAAAAAAUCAACUCGAAAGACUACACAAAACAAUAACAGAAUUACAAAGUAAACUAAAAUCACUAGAAAAAACAAAAGGACAAAUAGAAGGAACACUUCUUAGAUUAGACCAUUGGGAAAACAGCGUCAAGAUGAUGCAAUUCUCCGAUGAAGAUAGCACCAACUCGUCAGACGAAAUGGAAGAAGAAGACGAAAUAGAAGAGAGGAAAAACCUAGAAAGAAUAGACGAGAAAGAAGAAGACGAAAUAGAAGAGAUGAAAAAUCUAGAAGUGAUAGAAGAGAAGGAAAAAGAAGACGAAAUAGAAGAGAGGAAAAACCUAGAAAGAAUAGACGAGAAAGAAGAAGAAGACGAAAUAGAAGAGAUGAAAAAUCUAGAAGUGAUAGAAGAGAAAGAAGGAGAAGACGAAAUAGAAGAGAUGAAAAAUCUAGAAGUGAUAGAAGAGAAGGAAGAAGAAGACGAAAUAAUAGAAGAGAUAGAAGAAGAAGUGAUAAUAGAAGAGAGAGAAGAACGAAACUAG